AUGACGGAAUACAAGCUGAACAAGCUCACAGAGCUGCGGCUGGAGGUGGCCAAGGGCAAGGACGUGUUCGUGUCGCUGCAGCGGGGCAGCGCGGAGGUGUUUGGUGCUGAGCUGUCUCUGGGGCAGCGCGUCAACCUUGGGGGCCAGGCCGUGGCCGUCUUCACCUGGGAGGGCGCCACACUCAGCGUGGAGGGAGACCCGGACGUCGCGUGA